CUCCAGCUGUAAAAUUGGUAUACAAUUUCUAUGUGUGUGUGUGCGUUAUUUCUGAAGUUGCAUAACUUUGGACUUACAUACUUCAUAUGCAUACACAUGUAUGCAUAUUUGUAUGUUUGCCUGCUAACAAUUGCAAUUCGGAGUUGGGCGUCACGGAUUGAUGUUGACGGUUCAGUUUGUUGAUUGCUGCAGCCAUGGAAACGUGUCGCACUUGUGCUAGGUGCGAUUUCGAAAAUGGCAACAACAACUAUUGGUUGGACUUGUUCCAUCCAACGAGUUGGCAGAACGAAAUGGCGCAUAUACGCCUCGAGUUUGCCAACUGGAAGUUACAGAUCUCACCUAACGAUGGACUGCCACAAAAAAUAUGUAGCGAUUGUUUUACAAAAUUCUGCUCCAUUUACACGUUUCGCAUGGCUUGCCAGGAUGCGCAAUUGAAGCUCUCGAAUAUUUUUGAUAAAAUCGAUGCCCAUAUGCUGUAUGACAAAAACGACGAAGCGGAGCCCAUUGCAGAUGAUGCAGAUGAAAUAGAAACGUCAACAGAAAUAGAAGCAAUAACAACGACAAAAGCAACACAAGACACUGCCAUUGUUGAGGCCACAUCGCCAACACCCAUAGAAAUAUAUGUGGAAACGAUAAACAUCAACGAAGUAGAAGAUAUAUCCCCACAGCCAGUAGUAGACGAGCAAACCGAUUUGGCUUCAGACUACAGCACAUUGAAAAUUAGCUAUGCUUGCAAAUUUUGUUACAAGCCACAGGCGAGCUAUGAACUGCAGCAUGUGCUUCUAGAGCACAUUAGUAGCGCACAUGAUCCGGAUCAGCCCUACAACUGUCCGCAUUGCACAGAAUGCUUCCAGGACGCUGCCUCCCGCACCGUGCACAUGAAGAGCGCCCAUGUCAUCAAGCACUACGCGUGCGAGGUGUGCGGCAAAAAGUAUGGAGAUCGUCAUAAUCUUCAGCAUCACAUCGAGAAAUAUCAUUCAGAAACGGAUUUCGAGUGCAGCAUGUGUGAGAAGCGUUUCUUUACACGCAAAAGCCUUCACUACCACAUGAACUGGCACAAGCCAGAGAGGCAGCUGAGGUGUCGCCACAGUGGCUGCGACAGGCUCUUCAUCAAUCAACGACAUCUCAAAUGCCAUGAGGCAACUCACACAGCCGGCUCUCGCAAGAGUGAAUACUGCGGUUUCUGUGGCAAAGCUUUCACACAUGUUAAAACACUACGAUGGCAUAUCUAUAGACAGCAUGGCGGUGAGAAGCCCUUCAAAUGUGCCAUUUGCACUGAGGUUUUUGACUCGUAUGCUGAAAAGCGUAUUCACAUGCUCGAGUUGCACACGGAAAAUCUGACGCAUCAGGAGCGCAGUGAGUGCAUGUUCCAAUCCUGUCGCCAGGAAUUUGACACCGAACAGGAGCUCAUCCAGCACAUGACCGCCGAGCAUCUGCAACGCGAACCGUCAGCUCCAGUGAUAUCGAACAAUAAGCGAGUGCUCCAGCGGAAACGGGAGCGCCAAUAUACGGGUCUCUUCCAAUGCGGCAGCUGUUCGCAACGGUUCAACAUGAAGUCCGCACUGGAGCGGCACAUGGCUGUGCACUCGGCAGAUCGACUGCAUGCCUGCAGUCACUGUUCCAAGCGCUAUAAGCGUGCCCAGGAUUUGAAGUGGCAUAUGAAGACGCAUGCCAAUGAGAAGCCCAAUGUUUGUGAUGUUUGCGGUAAAUCAUUCGCCCUGAAAUAUGUACUUACUCAGCAUAUGCGCAGUCAUGAGGUUCUUGAGAAGAACUUCAAGUGUGACACUUGCGGACGUUCUUAUCUAUUUGAGAAGUCUCUGCGUCUCCAUCAACGUGUUCACACUGGCAACACUUACUACAAAUGCGAUUUGUGUCAGGAGCGUUUUGUGACUCACAUCAAAUUGAAAACUCAUAUGAAAAAGGCACAUGAUACAAACCAGUCGCAUGCCAAAGAUUCGCUGGAUAAUUUGAUCAACAUUGUGAUUUCCUAAAAGUACCAAUGAAAAUAAUCCAAGUGGAACAGCAAAAAACUAAUAUUGAGAUAGCAUAGCAUCAAAACUACCCUAAUUAAUACUAUAUAAAAGGUGAACGCUUUAAAAAAGCCAAGCCUAACAUUGAAUUUUAAAAUCGUAGACCCUCCACUUGCUCCACUCAUUAGACUAAUUCUCACUUUUCAAAUAGUUAGGUACAUAAAUGCAGAAAUGGAUCAGGAUUUAUACUCUCUAGACAGAUUUCAUAAAGGUUAAAUCUUUUCCGCUUUCUUGACGCAAUCAACUCCCGCAGCUUUCCGCUCUCACACUCAGAGAUCAUAUUUGAUGAUCCAUCCAGAUCUUAAUCAAUAUACAUACAUAUUUACAUACUUCUAUGCCCCCCACGUAAGGCACAAUACAUGACCAUUUUAGUGAUAAGUAUGAAAAUGUUAUAAAACGUAUUUAAGCUAAAUGGCAAAGCAACAUUUUAAUGCUCAAAAAGAUAUUGCAUUUAUUUAAAGAGUAAAAACACUUAUUUACAAUAACAUUAUGAGAAAACCAUAUUGUAAGAAAUAUCAAUAUCUAUAGUAUACUUUAUAUAUUAGUUGUGGUAGUGCAAUAUACAUAUGUAUAUUUACCAAAAUUCGAGUUCCAUAUACAUUAAAUUGAUCAAUUGUUAUUUAA